GUUUGAUACCCCGGCGAUAGGAUAAAACAACAAGUGGCUGUCUGGUUAAACGACGACGCACUUGAAAUUAUUAGAUGUAAAAAAAAAAAAAAAUUUUUUUAUUUGUUUUAUGAUUUUUAUUUGAUCGUUCGGAUUUAUCUUCAAGGACUAUGUUAUUAAAUUUGUUAAUAAUUUAUUAAUUAGUGUGUCAAUUAGUGUUUUCUACAUCGUGGGAAUAUUUCAAUGGCACAAACAUAAGGAUUGCAAGACCUCAGUUAAUACAAUUUGAAGCAAGAUGUCGCUCUGGGCCAGGGCUCAACAGCUCCCGCCGGAGUGCUUGCAAGAGGUACGCUCCAUUUACAGAGACACUUUCCCCAUCGAAGUUCGCCACUGUUUGGCGUUAUGGAUUGAGAACAGAGUGUGGAAUGUGGAGUCGGAGGAGCAGCAGCAGUUCUUCGUGGACGAGCUGGUGCACGAGAUCAGCACGCACGCCGACAUGCUGCACACCCCAGAUAUGUUCGUCACCAAGAUGAAGCUUCUGGAGGCGGCCAAGAACAUACAGAUGCAGUACGGCCACGCGCCUCAAGAGUUAUUCAACUAUAUGCGACAAUGCCUCACUCGGGAGCUGGCGCUAAUACAGAAGGCGAUGGGAACGCAGUACGUGUCGCCGCCGCAAACGGAGAGGAAAUACAGCGAACUGCUGACUGGGCUGCGGACUGUGCAGCAGAAGGUGAGCCUGGUCGGCAAGGAGAUCAACAACUGGAACGCCAACAUGGAGUCGUUCUCGCUCGAGUACCACGAGUGUGUCAAGAAGAAGGGUCACAUGAGCUACCUCCAACAAUCGCCGAUGACGACCGAGAGACGAGAUUUCGAGGCGUGCCUGCGACUCCAGAUCGAGGAGAUGGAGAGGAAACUCAACAUUAUGAUUGCGCAGAUCAACCACGCUCAACUGGAAUUGGUGGAUCACCUUAAGGAGAAUAUCAGUAUACUCGGAGAGCUGCAGAGUCAAGUGCUGGAUGGAGAGCUUAUAAAAUGGAAACGCGAACAGCAACUGAGCGGCAACGGCGUUCAAAUGCAGACCAACCUGAACGUGAUCCAGGAGUGGUGCGAGCUGCUGGCCGACCUCAUCUGGACCAGCCGGCAGCAGGUCAACAACGUGUCGAGGAUCAGCAGCAAGGCUCUGGCGGACGCCCGCCAACCGGAGCUGGUCAGCAUGUUGGACGAGAUGAGUAAACAGGUGACCAGCCUGCUGUCCACGCUGGUGACCUCCACGUUCGUGAUAGAGAAGCAGCCGCCGCAAGUGAUGAAGACAAACACAAGAUUCACCGCCACCGUCCGCCUGCUGGUCGGCGGCCAGUUGAACGUGUACAUGACUCCGCCCAGAGUUAGCGUGGUGAUCAUCUCCGAGCAGCAAGCUCAGCAACUUCUGAAGAGUGACUCUCAGGCUGGUAAGAGCAAGCAACCGGUCGAGUGUGGAGACAUAUUGAACAACACCGGCGUUAUGGAGUACCAGGCGACGAGCAGGCAGCUCAGCGUGAGCUUCAGAAACAUGCAACUUCGCAAAAUCAAACGUGCCGAGAAAAAAGGCACCGAGAGCGUGAUGGACGAGAAGUUGACGUUGCUGUUCCAGUCGCAGUUCAAUGUCGGCGGUGGCGAGCUCGUGUUCCAGGUAUGGACACUGUCGCUACCAGUGGUGGUGAUCGUGCACGGCAACCAGGAGCCGCACGGCUGGGCCACAGUGACUUGGGACAACGCCUUCAGCCCGUCGGGACGCGUGCCUUUCGCUGUUCCAGACAAGGUAACGUGGGGUCAGCUGGCCGAGACGCUGCGGAUCAAGUUCUAUUCGGCCACGUCGGGCGGCGACCUCUCCGAGGACAACCUGCGCUUCCUCGCCGAGAAGAUAUUCAAUAAUAAGAUAAAUCUACCGCUGAGCACCCACGAACUGAACGCGCUGCCCGUGAGCUGGACGCAGUUCUGCAAGGACGCGCUCUCGGACCGCAACUUCACGUUCUGGGAAUGGUUCUACAUGGUCGUGAAGGUGACCCGCGAGUAUCUGAGGACUCUGUGGUGUGACCGUUUAAUAAUGGGUUUCAUCCAGAAGAAGCAAGCGGAGGAUAUGCUCUCGAAGUGUCCCCCGGGAACGUUCCUGCUACGUUUCUCGGACUCGGAGCUAGGUGGCAUCACCAUCGCCUGGGUUGGAGACAACAACGGCGAGGUGUUCAGCCUGCAACCGUUCACUGCGCGCGACUUGGCGCUGCGCUCGCUGGCAGACCGCGUCCUAGACCUGCCGCAGCUGCAAUUCCUCUAUCCCAAUAUUGCUAAGGAUGAUGUCUUCUCCAAGUACUACACUAAGCCUGAGGACCAAGUACUGAAGAACGGGUACGUGAAGCCGGUGCUUGUGACGACCCUCCCGCCGUACAUGGCCUCGCCAGCGUACGCGCACUCGCCCGACUCGCACCGCAACACGCCCAGCGUGCAGAGCAGCUACUUCGGCUCGGCUACUCCCGCGCCGACAGAGAACACGCUCAUGAGCACCGACCUCUCGUUCGAAAUGAGUUCCUUCUACGCUGAAGACUUCGAUAACUUCGUAUACGAGGGUAUGAAUUAAGUUACACACAUAAACUUACAAUAAAUGUAGAUAAUCCAUUCGUUUUAGCUUUAAACGAAGUUUUGUAGUAUGUAUAAUAUUAUUAUUUACAAAAAUAGGACAGCAAUUUCCUACUUUUUUUUUACCAUUUAUUUUAAAUUUCACUAUAGGUUAUGUAUCUUUUUUUUUUAAUAAAUUUGGAGGUGUGAUAUGAGUUUUGCUUACAGAGAAUAGAAAAUGUGCAAAAGUAAUUCUGUGCUUCGAUUCAAACGAACCACUUUCGCUUCCUCCACAUUCAUCGAUCUUUUCAUACACGCUCGCUGGUUACGGGUACUUUUAAUUUGGCCCUUCUUCAGCACGUCGCCUAUUCGGUCGACAUACGUCCGUCUAGGGCGGCCCCUACCGACAUCUCCAUUCAUUUUUGCUAGAUACAUCUCUUUCGUAAUUCUUUCAUCCAUUCUCUCCAAAUGGCAAAACCAAUAUUCUCUUUUCGAUUUUUGUCUCUCCAUUGCCUUUCAGUCCACACGUCUCUCUAGUUAUAUUAUUUCUCAAAUAGGAAAAAAAAAUACAGUAAUCCAUAUAUAUUAAAUGUCUGUUACUCAAUAUACAAUACCGAAAUGAGUAUAUAGUAGAUAUAUCCGAACGGUAUGAGCAAUGAUCUUUUUUCCAUCAUCAAUAUCUACAGAAAUCCGAUAUAUAGAUAUUGUAUCUGUACUGAUAUUACCCACGCCCAUUAAGUUAUAAAAUAUACUUAUUAAUAUGUAUGUAUUAAUGCAAAACUCAUCAUCGCACCUUGUAUUUUUUUUUAUUAUAUCAUUAUGCUGAUUGAAUUCAAAAUGGCCUAUUAUGAACAUAUGUAUUGUGUAAAAAUAGUUUUAUAUAAAUGAUAAAUGUUAAGUUAUAAAUGAUUUAUCUUGUGUUCAUUGCAACGUAUUUUUUUUACAAUCGAUUCUUUCAAUAUAUAUAUAUAUAAAAUAUAGUGAAUAUUUUACAGUGCCAUACAAGAAUACCAUAAAUUGACAUUAAAGUGUGGACAGUUAGAAAAAUAUAAAAGAGUAAUUAAUAAUUAUAAACAAAUAAUGUUAAAACAUGAAAAAAAGAUUCAAAUAGUUUUCAACAACUCUGGAAUUUCAUAUAUAGAGGUCUCUUUUUUACUGAUAUUUCAAAGUGAAUUUAUUCUUCAGACUUCAAAGUUUACACUUGCUUACGAAAUAAUAAUCCUGUCCACUGCUGAACAUCAAGUGGGAGACUUUGUACAAAAGUCGAUUGCUUGGGCACCUCUGUCCCAUUCGUGUUUCUACCGUGAAGCAGUUGUGUUUGCAUGGCUGUGUUUCGGUUUGAAGAGUGGGAUAUGGUGUGAAUUUACAGGGUACAGAGGAAUAACAUCCGAGUCCUCAGGAAUGGCAACGCAUGGGGGGUAUCAUGGGCGAAACAGUAUACUCUGUUAUGUCCAUUGUACUGCUCAUGUGUAUAGGCGACGGUUAUUACUUUCCAUCAGGUGGGCCGUCAGCUUGUUUGCCAUUCUAAGUUGCAUUAAAAAAAAGUUAACUUUUCUAAUAUUUAUUUUUUUUGCAUUUUAAUUAAAAAGAGAACUAAAGCCUAUAUUUUUGCAAGCAAGUGUACUCUAACUUUAUUUCAAAUAAUCAGUACCUUUUCUUUUAUUAAUUACUAACUAAGCCGACAGAUGUCGUUCUCUUAAUAUCUAAUGCUUGACUUCGAUAUUCGAUUGAUGUGGCAGCUACGAACAGGCCCUCUAGAUAGGUGGCAAGCGAAUUCGUCGAUGGAAUCGGCAUCGUUAGCGAGUCCGUGAGAUAGAAUGAGAUAGCAACGCCGGGUGACUCAUUCCAACUCACGGACUCGCUAGCGAUGUCGAUUCCAUCGACGAAUUCGCUUGCCACUUGUCUACAGGCCCAGUUUACAUACGGGGAAAGAGAAAUGAGAUUUCAGAGUUUUUUUGAGCAAUAUUUCUUAUAAAACUUUCAUUUUAACUUCAAAGUAUAUUUGAAAAACAAAAUGGCCGAAUCGGUCCAGAUGUUUACGAGUUCUACGCUUAAGAAAACGUUUAUCGAUUCAUUUUUAUUUUUUAGUUUUUGACUAAUCAUAAUGAACAUUAAUGUUAUUUUUUUAUUUCUUUUAAAUACAUUAACAGUAAGUGUUAAUAUUGCUAAAUGGAUUUAUGGAUCUUUAUAUAUAACAUUUAUAUUUUUUUUUUGCACAUCUAAUUAUAAUCAGCGGAAACAAUUCUAUUAGAUUAAGUGCAUUUUUAGACGUAACAAUUGUUUUUUCCUGAGUGUUCAAAUAUUUAAGGAAACAAAAUUUGUAUUUGGAACAGCAUUUUAUAUUUUAUUUUUUUUAUAUAGUGAUUUAUGGCUCUGGAUACAAGUCCACGGAGCCCGCCAUUUCUAGUUACGUGUGCUCAUAAAAUCCCGCCUAAAAUACGGGAAGUGCCAUUUCUUUUUAAUUUUGUCAGCAAUAAAAUGUUCAUAGAUGUAUUAUGAAAUAUAUUUAAUAUGCACUAACAUGCACAUGCUUCUACAAAUUAAGUAAUAAUAUUAGAAAGUUUAAUAUUCUUAUAGUAUUUAAAACAUGGGGUUGUUAAAGAUAUGUGUUAAUAAAUGUUAGAUUUAUUAAAUAACAAGGUGAAUGUAAUAGUUACAGAUUUAAUGAUUGCUUAAUUGGAAUUUAAUGAGCUCAGUAUUUUUCCGAUGAAUUAAAAAAAAUAAGGUAUUUUUUUUUAAAUAAAGUUACACAGAAGAAAAUAUAUUUUCAAUUUAUUGAAUAAAAAGAGAAUUCGUAUAACGGAACGUAACAUUUUUACCUUGUAAUGUAAAAUCGUUAAAAUAAUGUUGUAUGUAAAAUUAAAAAAUCUAUUGUAAUUUGUGAUCUUUAUAUAGUAUAUAUAUAAUCGUAAUUUCUAUACCAAGCUGUCAAUUCAGUAUAAUUUCUUAUGAAACUGAACAGUCUGCCCCAAGGAGUGUGUAGGUAAUCGAAGUGUUUCAACCAUUACGCUUUGUAUGACUGGCCACGAUCCAAGCGCUCCACUUAGGUAAUCAAUUAAAAUUUGUUGUAUUUUUAUUACGAGAUGGAUUUGCUGAUUUGAUGAAUGUGGAAGAAGCGAAACAGGUUUGUUUGAAUCGAAGCAUUUGGCGUUCCAUUGUUUCUGCCUACCCUGAUGGGAGACAGGCGUGACAGAUAUGUAUGUAUGUAUGUAUGGAUUUGCUCUUGGUUUUACCUCAAACUGAUGGCAAGUGAUGAUAAGGUCUAGGAUGGAGCGCGCCCACCCAAUUGGUGCUUGUUUACCAUCGACUUGCAGAGUACUAGGUUGAAUUUCGUCAGAAAUACAAGCCAGGUAUAUUGCAUUAGAAACGAAGUGGCGAAUCCCUUCUUAAUUACUUUUUUUUUAAAUAUUUUUAAAUGUGACAAGUAAUUCUCGACAAUUUUUCAAUAUAAUGACGUUUUAAAUUUGAUUGUAUUUUCUUUUUUUUUUAUAUUUGUUACCUCAACUGCGUCAGUUAUGUACUGACUUGGGAUUUUCUGCUAGAUACAAAAUGGAUUCAGUAUUUUUUUUUUUUUAAAUCAAAUAACUUGUUUUGCCACAAUUGAAGUAAAUUAUGUAAAUUUUAGUUUAUUAAAUUGUCUCUUCGGAAUAAUCUCAAUUGGUUCGCAUUCAAAAAUGUUUUUUUUUUUUGUAGAAUAUUCAGGGUUAAUGUACAAAAUGUAUCUAUAAUGGCCGUUAUGUGUUGAGCCAAAAAUCACUGUCGAUAUCUCCUGGGAAACUUUCAGUUUCAUCAUUAUUUGUACAGCGUUUUGGUGUAUAUAUUACGAUUUAAAUUGUACUUAAUAUGUAUUGAAUGUAACCCUCAACGAAUUUUAGAUUUGUGAUAACAGUGGCCUUGGUGUUCAUACUAAACUCGGAACAGUUUCGUCCCACGCAGAAACAUUGGGAAAUCACUGCAUUUUUUAUUAAUGGAAAAACUAAAAAAAUGUGCUUAUAAACAUUUAAAAGACCGAUAAUGCACGGCGACGGUAGCGGCUUACCAUCAUGUGGACCGUUUGCUCGUUUGCUUCCCUAACAAUAAAAAAAAAAAAACUAAUGCGAGGUGCGAAGACAACACCAUAGUUCACAAGAAUGGCAAUACGUUACACUAUAGAAAUCACAUUUCUGUGGUUUCCACGGUAUUGUUUAUUUUUAUAUGCGACGGUUACCACUUUCCAUCAGGUGGGCGGUUAACUUGUUUGCAAUUCUAAGUUGUAUAAAAAAAAAUAUAAUGAGGUCUUAGAUAAAUUAACUCCACUUUAGAGGAUUGAAGUGAUUUCUCUUUAUUCCUGUAUUAUAAUUACCUUAUUGCGUCACAACAGGCAACACUGAAGGCACCAAACAUAGCUUUAUUGGUGAUAAUGAAAUGGCAACCCCGCCUGCUCUGUCAGUGUACGCUGGCGGGGUACCAGUGAGGAAUGUUUAGCAAGGACGAUACUAGGAUCGCUCCCUUCUCCAGAAAAAUAUUUUUUUAGGUUUCUCCCCUCAGUUUGCAAAGAACUUCGACACCUUCCAGGUUUUCUCCCGUAUUGGGCACUCGCUUCGAAUGUACAUAUAGUAAAGUUAGAACGGUAGAAAGAUUAGCACGGUCCCUGUGCCCGGAUGCAAGGAUGCAUGCUAAAUUGUGAAGCCUUCUACUCCCGUAUUGGUCUCAAUAUUUGUUCCACUUGUUUCAACAUAUCCUAUCCUUUCUUUAUUCAGUAGGUGAUAAUGGAAUGGUAACCCCGCCUGCGCUAUCGGUGUAAGCUGGCGGGGCACCAGUGAGGGAUGAUAGAUGGAUAUUGAAAAAGUAGGUCAAUUAACCCAUCGUGACGAAUCCCACAAGAGUUAAUCAAGAUGGUUUCUAGGGGGACCCGCGUGGAGAUCGACCUGAUUAAUAUACCCUUUUGCUAGCAAUGGGGUUGUUAGAUUUUUUUGAUGGGUGAAAAUGGUAUGGUAACCCCGCCUGCGCUAACGGGAUACGCUGGCGGAGCACCAGUGAAGGGUGAUAGAUGAGAAUGAAAACAGGCCAGUUAGCCCAUCAUGAUGAAUUCAUCAGGAAUUAACCAUGAUAGUUUCCAGGGGAACAGCGAGGAGGUGGACCUGGUUGGGUAUAUUGCUAGCAAUGGGAUUCUCAGUCUCCAUUACUAACAAUCCCUUUCCCCCAUGUCAUAGGGUUGUCAGCUUGUCUGCAAUUUCAAAUGGGCAAAAAGAAAUUAGACUAAGAUUCAACUGUGGUUCUAGAAUUUUCCGUUUUUUUUUUAAUGUAGGUAGCACUGUGGGAAGUAAUUGGUGUAGUCCUCAGUUUUAAAUGUUGUACGCUUUAAGUUAUUUUUUUUAUAAAUCGUUAUCCCUUUCAGACCUGAACGAUACGGGCGUGAGUUGUAACUUUAAAAAAUUCCAAAACCGCGCGCAAUUCAUUUUUACGCACGAAGCUGAAAUAACGUGAUAGCGAGAUUCUAAACCGGCCAAUAAGAAAUCGUUUUAGCGGUUAGGUGGUGCAGUAGUCUCGUGCGUGCCGGCAAGAUGGCUUGGCUCCAAAACACGAAAAUAUAUUUCAUCUGAAAGAAAAAAAAUAUUGGGUCUGAAAGGGAUAUGGUAAGGAUUAAUGAACUGGGUAGAAAAGACACUUUUUAAGGGUGUGUUUUAUGUAUAUAUUGCACCUAUAACGAAUACAUUAAAUAUAUGCCAUCAAAUACAUAAUAUUUAAGAACAUGAUCGAAAUUAAUAUAGAUAUCAAUCUGGUAUGGCGAUACCGAAAUUGGCGACGAUUUUUUCCCGCCAUCAAUGCUCAGAAGAGCCCAAUAUAUAAAUAUGGGAACGGCACCGAUAUAACCAAUGGGCGAUAUCUGUACACCUUUCUCUUUAGACCCUGUUUUUUUUAUGGGUGAAAAUGGUAUGGUAGCCCCGCCUGCGCUAACGGGAUACGCUGGCGGAGCACCAGUAAAGGGUGAUAGAUGAGAAUUAAAACAGGCCAGUUAGCCCAUCAUGAUGAAUUCAUCAGGAACUAACCAUGAUAGUUUCCAGGCGGAAUCGCGAGGAGGUGGACCUGGCUGGGUAUAUUGCUAGCAAUGGGAUUCUCAGUCUCUAUUACUAACAAUCCCUUCCCCCCCCCCCUUUAGACCCUGUAUAAUUAAGGAGGAUAGUCAAAUAUUUAACAGGAAAUUCGUAAGCGAGUGAGAAGCACGCUCUCACAGCAAUGUCUGACUGGUAAGCUAAACUCACAGUAGGACCCGUGAGCCACGUGAGUAUUAUCGAAUCAAUGAAAGUGUUCUUUCUACCUGGUUAUUUACUCUAAUACAGUUAGAACCGAAUUUAUAAAUAUUAGAGAUAACACGAAUGUAUGUAGAGUGUAGAGUAACACGAAACGCAUUGAUGUCUAUUGUUGUAAGAAAGUGUAGUGAUUCAUAAAAGAAUUAAACGAAUUACGAGUUGUAAAAGAUAUUUGACAAAAAAGAGAAAAAAAAAAACAAAGGAAUCUGAUGAAAAGUUUUCUUUUAAAUAUGUUAAGUACAUGUUCUUAAAAUUUCCAUAUAAACCAAUUUCCGAACGAAGCACUUUAUUCAUUUAAAAAAAAGAAAUAGGUGCUCUGUAAAUUAUUAUAAUUACUUAAUAUUGAAAAUUCUAUUGACUUUUUAAUUAUGACAGAUUAUUAUUUCUAAAAAAGGUGCUUAAUUAUUAUAAAGUUAUUAUUUUUAAAUUUAUAAGUUAGUACCUACUUUGUUUAGAGUAAGAAUUUGGAAAUUUAAACAUUUCUAUAAAGUGUUUAUUUAGGUUAUGAUUAUAUUUCCCGCCAUUAUUGUUAGGUCAAUUGGAAAAAUACAGAUUAAAAAUACUAGCCGUUAUAAUAAGAAUUGAAAUUGUUCAUCGUAGGUAUAUUAUAUAGAAAUGUCGUUUAUAUUUGUACACAAAAAUAGUAUAUAUUUUAAUUAAUUGUAUAGGAAUAAGUCGUAAUGUUCAUAUAUGCUUGAGCACGCAAUCACGGAGUGUUGAAUUUCAGAAAAGAUUGUAAAAUAAGGUGAAAAGGUCAUCUAUUCAAAAAAGAAAAAAAAAAAAAACAAGCGUAACAUAGCUUUGUUAAUCUUCAUCUACUACUUAGCUGAAUGCACCAGAAGAAAUGUAAUUUUGGUGAUUGCCUUCACGAAUAUUACCUCAAUAAGUAUAUUUAAAAAAUUAUAUUUCAUAUUUCCCGUCCACAAAUUAUGCAAUCUUUUCUGGGGGUUUUUGUGUCACUAUUUUAUGAUAUAGAUAUACAAGUGUGCUUUGUCAAAUUUAAAUCCACUAAACGAUGUACCGAGCCGCCAGUUACCGCCAUUUUGUUUGUCCAUGGAUUGCGCUUUUUUAAUUUUCGAAUGAGCAGAUUAUAUUUACUAUUGGAAAGUGGUUUAGGGUUUAUAUUGCAUUUUCAUAAUUAUAUAUAAUUGUCAUAAUAAUAUAAAUUCAUAAAUUUACUAACAAAUUCCACUUGUACCCCCAAACGGAGAAAUAUUAAUAGGGAUUAAACUGGCCAAACAAUUUAGUGAGAUCAUACGUUCAGUUUGUACAUAAAUAUUCCUAUUGGUAGUACAAAUUGCCCUAAGAAAUACAGAUUCAUAGACUUAUUGUUGCCAAUUUUUGGGCUAAUCCUGGGUUGCUAGAAUAUAGAAACAAAAAUGUUAAUAUUGAGACUAGUCAGCGAUAAAUACUUGGCCAUACUUAUGUAUUAUAAAGGGUUUUAUAUGUGCAUUUUAUUUCUUUUGAUUACUUCGAAAUUAGCCAUUUUUUAUAUUAAUUCAGCCAUUAUCUUUGUAGUUAAGGUGGCAACACAUCGGGCGGCAUCUUGAAUUAAAUAUGGCGGUUCGGUGUUCUAUGAGCUUUUACCAUGUUAAUGUUCAUAAUUAUGUAGAUAUAUUCAAUGAAGUAAAAUAAAUAUUGAUUGUUGAAA